AUAUUGCAGAUGAUGCGUAUAUUCUAAAAUCAAAGAUUCCAAACCAUCCCAUGUUCGGGAUUUUGAUCCAAUUUAUAUGGGAUAUAACUUAUAACAUCCAUGUCCUCGCGAAAUUCCAAUAUUAAUCGAUGUUUUAAAGCACAUGAUAUGAAGACAAAAGUGCUGAUUUUCGGCCCAAUAUAUAAUAUAUGUAUUAAGAACAUAUUAUGUGUCAUAAAUACAUACAUUCUCGAUCUGAAUUAAGUAUAAAAAAAAAUAUUACAUUGCAGAUGAUAUAUAUAUAUAUAUAUUCUAAAAUCAGAUAUUUCAAACGAUCCCUUGGCAUUCUUCAUGAUUUCAUGGUCACAUGUUCAAGUCUCCACGAUCCUCAUUAUCAGCCAUUGUUUUAAAGCACAUCAUAUGCGGAUUUGUGCUUAAGAAUACAUUAUAUAUUAUAAAUAGAUACAUUAUAUAGACCCAAAUUAAGUAUAAGUCAUUAUAUUGCAGAUGAUGCGUAUAUUCUAAAAUCAGAGAUUCCAAACCAUCCCUUGUUCGGGAUUUUGAUCCAAUUUAUAUGGGUUAUAACUUAUAACAUCCAUCGUGAAUAUAUAUGCCAAUGUACAUGUUUAUUUUAUUUUAUUUAAACAUAUGCAAGUUUCAUGGCCUACUAGUACUAUUAUUUGUUAGGUUAUGACCCGGGAGUUACCCGUUCACAUGUUUAUCACCAAAUUUUACACCUGAACUUGUUGAGGAUAUUAAUUAUUUAGUCAAAAAUAAUUAAUUCCUUGUCCUCUAAGUCCCUUGUUUCCUUGUCCUUGUCAAAGAAGGAAACCUGGUUGUCAUUAGGGUUUUAACCCUAAGUCUCUCUAUAUAAGCUUAGCUAUGAGAUUGUCGUAAGAAAGCCGUCACAAUGUAGUCGUUUAAUAAAAUGUCAGCUGUGAGCUCUUUCGAGCUCACCGUGGAUUAGUCUCGAUCAAUCAAUCGAUCGAGGAUACCACGUAAAAUCGUUGUCUCGUGUGUUGUUUCGUCUUCCGCAUCAUCAAAUUCUUCAUGGUAUCAGAGCAAAACUCGAUCCUAUGUUAGGGUUUUGUGUAUCCGCAAGUCUCUACCUUUUGUCUAUUCGUCUUCGUCAAUCAGUCACGGGGUUUGAAGACUCCAGCUUAGCAACAAAGGAAAAGAAGUUGCUAGCGGCAUCAACGUCAUCAGUCCGACGUUCGCCUCUGUUCCUUCGUUCAUCCGACAGUCAGCAAGAGUCAAUUGCAUCCGUCCACUGAGUUUUUUGUCGCCUGGUUGCCGUCCAUGGCGAUUCAGAUCGCUUUGCAAUUGUCCGACGGUAAGCAUGAACAGAAGCCGCAGAAGUUGGUUGCUUCCAGUCUUCGUCAAUCGAGGCUUGUCUUCGGUCAUCUCGUGCCUCAGAUCCGCCGCCGAGUCCGUCAAAAUCCGGCAAAGCUGGCGUCCCCGUCAAUUCCUCCGCAGUCAUAGGCGAAGUCCAUCCCGCCGUCGAGACGAGAUAUCAAGUCCUCAGCCGUCGUCAUCUACUGUGCUCUUGUUAUUGAUCGUCAUCACUUUCACCAUAGAGCGUUGCGGACCCAGAUGGGGAAUCGAGCGCCGCACCCAUCAUCCGAAUUCACUAUCGUCGUCCUUGCCACCGCUGGCCGGCAUCAUCGGCAGACUCCGAGUAAAGGCCUUCUUUAGUGGCCUCAACUCGCCACCGUUCCUCUUAUCAUCAUCAUCGUCCACGUCCCGACUUCGUUGAAUCAUCAUCAUCGCAGUUGUCAGUAGAGGUUGCUUGGAUUCGAGCUCCCGCCAACGUCGCCCUUUCCAGGUCGCCGCCAUCACUAGCCAGUCAUCUUCCCAGCCAUCAUCGUCGUCUCGAGCAGAAUCAAAGUCGUUUGCACCGCCGAUGUUGCUGUCGUCGUUGCCUCUCCAGUUCACGUCGUCCUCCAGCCGGCAGCCGCAUCGUUCGUCUUCAACUAAAGUUUAUGCAAAUCCACGAAUCAGGGUUUGAACCUUUGGUUUUGUGAUUUAUUUUGGCCUCCGGAUCGUCUAUUAUUGGGUUCAGAUUUGGUCGUCGAGAAAAGAAAAAAAGCAGCUUGUCCAUUGCGGGGUUGGUCUUCAUCAACGUCACGUGGAACUCAAGAGUUGCACAUGGGUAAACACUUAUCAAGCUUAGUUCAACGGAAGUCAAGAUCAAUGGUUUUGUGGCAGUGGUUGUGUUGGUAUUUGCACAAGGAUUAACGUGAAAGUUAAUGUCAAAGCUCUCCCAGUGCUUGUGUGUCCUGGCGCUUCCUUUAAUUUGUGUGGUACUCUACAGUUGGGAAGUGGAAGGUGGAGUUUUAUCUCACCACAAGUCAUGUUGCGGUUACAUCGUCACAAGUCAUGCAGUAGUUGGGGUUGAGGAGAUAAAACAACUUUCAUCAACAAAGAAGUUCAAGUUAUAAAUCGAGGCAGUCACGAUCACAGAAGAGAUCGUCCUCUUGAUGUUCAGAAUUAGGUAAUUUUCAGUCUCCACUAUUUUUACUUUCAAGCUGGGCAUUCACGUCGUUCAUGCGUCAGCUUGAGGGGGAGAAUAGGGAGUCAAGUCGUUCAGGAGAUGCAGUCAACCAUCUCCACCAUAUCAUACGGAUAGACGUAGUCAAUCGUCUCCGUCAAAUCAUUCAAGAGACGCAGUCAACCGUCUCCGUCAGGUCGUUUAAGAGACGCAGUCAACCGUCUCCAUCACGUCGUUCAAGAGAUGUAAUCAGCCGUCUCCGUCACGACGUUCAAGAAGAUGCAAUCAACCGUCUUCGUCAGGUUGUUCAAGGGAGAGAGUCGGUCGCCUCCAAAUCAACCUCGUUCGAGAUGUUAUUCAUCUCGAGUUUUGUUGUUCAAGCUGGUCAUGCUUGUUCGUCACAUUUCCUUUUUCAAGCUCGACAUUCUUGUCACUCAUGUCUUCGCUUGAGGGGGAGUGUUGAGGAUAUUAAUUAUUUAGUCAAAAAUAAUUAAUUCCUUGUCCUCCAAGUCCCUUGUUUCCUUGUCCUUGUCAAAGAAGGAAACCUCGUUGUCAUUAGGGUUUUAACCCUAAGUCUCUCUAUAUAAGCUUAGCUACGAGAUUUUCGUAAGAAAGCCUUCACAAUGUAGUCGUUUAAUAAAAUGUCAGCUGUGAGCUCUUUCGAGCUCACCGUGGAUUAGUCUCGAUCAAUCAAUCGAUCGAGAAUACCACGUAAAAUCGUUGUCUCGUGUGUUGUUUCGUCUUCCGCAUCAUCAAAUUCUUCAGAACUUUCCUGUGGACCGAACUUGUACGAUCAACCUGCAGUACACUAGGCCAACCAACAUGAACAUGAUGAUGGGUUCCAUUUUUUCCCCGGUGAACAUAGGUUCCAUUUUACUAAACUAAAGUGUUACAAUUUCUAUUAGAUUUUUUUAUCCAUUUAAUUUAUUUUGGAUGUUACUCUCUGUUAUUACUGUUGGGGGCAUCAGAGAAGAAGCCCAAUGAAGAAACCCAAUUGUUAAGACUAAGUGGAGAGGCCCAGGAAGAGGUCCAAUGAGGUAUAGUUUAGCCUAGUGUGUGGGGUCCGACGGCGACAAAACCCCGCCCAGUUAGGGCAAUGAGUCAGGAGUAGAGGUGAGACCUGUCUCUGACACAAAGCGCAUGUGGACAAAAUAGUAUAACGGUCGGAAGUGUACGGAGGGCGCCGCAAUGAUCUAAAUUAGGUCAAUCAUUUUUUUGAAAAAAAAAAAUGGUUUCGAAAUUUAAAAAAUUCUUUCGAAGAAA